AUGGCGUCAUAUAACGCCUACCGCACCAGGAUGCAAGCAUCCAGAGAAGCCGGCCACAGCUCUCGUUGGAACUUCUUCUCUCACGGCUUGACCAGAAAAGAAUCGAUUCCACAGACAUGGCAGGCGGGCAAUGAGCUCGAAGGGCAGCCUCUCACCCCCGCCACCACUUCACAUCCCCCAACCACGUCUGGGAGCGAUGGAAAGGAAACAGCAACCGCCCAUCCAGAACACCAACCCCCGAAUACCGAAACGGGGGUGCCAGGCGUUGAGUCGGGACAUACCACCACCAUCACCCAGGGUGUUCUCCGCCGGCGAACUUCGAAUAGAGAUCGCUCCUCGGAAGCCACCACAGCACACGCGCAGCAGACCGAGAAGCCGAAGAAGCAGAGGACCUUCUUCAAGCACCUCACACCAAAGGAGCCGUUUACCGUGAGGAACCAGAUCCAGCGGACUCUGUUCGGCUCAUGGAUCAACAUCCUGCUACUUGCUGCCCCCGUGGGCAUCGCCAUCAACUACAUACACUCGGUCGACCGGAUCGCCGUGUUUGUCGUCAACUUUAUAGCCAUCGUACCCCUGGCCGCUAUGCUUGGCUUCGCCACCGAAGAGAUUGCGCUACGGACCGGCGAGACGCUGGGUGGGUUGCUUAACGCGACGUUUGGAAAUGCUGUCGAACUGAUCGUGGCCAUCAUCGCUCUGGCCCACAACGAAGUCGUCAUCGUGCAGACAUCUCUCAUCGGUAGUAUCCUCUCCAACCUGCUCCUCGUCAUGGGUAUGUGCUUCUUCUUCGGCGGCCUGCGCCGUCAGGAACAGUACUUCAACACCACCGUCGCCCAGACAGCCGCCAGUCUCCUCGCAUUAGCCGUCGCGGGUGUCAUUGUCCCCACCGUUUUCGAUAUGGCCAGCAAGACCCCCCAAUCCGAUGUCGCCAAGCUCUCCCGCGGCACAUCGGUCAUCCUCCUGGUCGUCUACGGCGCCUACCUUUUUUUCCAACUCAAGACCCACUCCGCCGUCUUUGCCCAAGAGUCCCAGAAAGUCGAGGCCAAACCCUUCAGGACCCAUAGCCUCAAGGAAGGCGCCAUCGCCCAGGGCUUCGUCGCUCCGGCUGGUGUGAUUGGCGGUUAUGGCCUGCCAUCGAGCUGCACCGAUAACGAGAGGAUGCGUAGCUUGCUCACCAACCCACCGCGCAAGAACCUGCAAAACGACGGUGGGAACGAUGAAGAAGACGAAGGGGAGGAGCCCCAGUUGCAUUUCAACGUCGCCGUGGCCACCCUUGCUCUCUCGACCGUCAUCAUCGCUUUCUGCGCCGAGUUCAUGGUGGACGGCAUCAGCGCCGUCACCGCCGGCGGCACCGUCUCGGCCGAGUUCGUCGGUCUAAUCCUGCUGCCCAUCGUCGGCAACGCUGCCGAGCACGCCACCGCCGUCACUGUCGCCAUCAAGGACAAGAUGGACCUGGCCAUCGGCGUCGCCGUCGGCUCCAGCAUGCAGGUCGCCCUCUUCCUCAUCCCUUUGCUCGUCAUCAUCGGCUGGGGCAUGGGCAUGGACGAGAUGGCCCUCAGCUUUGACCCCUUCCAGGUUGCCGUGUUGUUUGUCGCCGUCCUGCUCGUCAACUACCUCAUUGCCGACGGCAAGAGCCAUUGGUUGGAGGGCAUGCUGCUGAUUUGUCUGUAUUGUAUCAUUGCCGUCUGUGCCUGGUGGUACCCUGCGAAGGACCCCCAGUUGGGCGGAGAGGCCUGA